ACAUCAAUGAGUUUGUUAGGAUGCUUUGGGAUGUUAAAACAGGAAAGAUUGCUAUGGUUACUAAUCUACACGAAGCCGGUGGUAUGAAAUGUUUAAAAUACUGGCCAUCGAUCGGCAAGGUAAAGACUUUCAGAAAGAUAAAAAUUGAACUGAUUGAAGAGGAUGUAUUGGCCCAUUUUACUAUUAGGACAUUGAAAAUAUCAAAAGAUGGGUGUGGAUCUCGGACAAUAAAACAUUGUCAUUAUACAUCAUGGCCUGAUAAAGGUGUCCCUACUGAUAUGGCGUCAUUGGUAGAAUUCAGAAACAAGAUACUUAAAGUCAAAUCACCACAACCAGGACCAAUGGUGGUACACUGUAGUGCUGGUAUUGGACGGACAGGAACAUUCUUAGCUUUAGAUUAUCUGAUAGAUGAAGGUAAAGCUGAAGGUUCUGUUGAUGUUUUUAAAUGUGUUUCACAGAUGAGAAAAGAAAGGACGAAUAUGGUUCAAACUGAUGAUCAGUAUGUAUUUCUACAUGAAGCUAUAUUAGAAUGGUAUAUAGCUGGUGAUACUACAACUACUGUUACAGCUUAUCAAGGUGUUUAUCAAGAUCUUCUUAAAGUUAAACAAAGUUCUGGUAAAUGUGAACUAGAAGAAAAGUUUGAAAUGAUGGGCCAGGUUUGUCCAAAAUAUACAGACGCUGAUUAUUCUACAGCUUUACUGAAAGAAAAUAAAAUUAAAAAUAGAGUGUCAACAAUAUUAGCGUAUGAAAAUACUAGAAUACUUUUGACGAUACCGGUUCCUAAUACAACAGAUUAUAUCAAUGCUGUUUAUAUACCAAGUUACAGAAAGAAAAGAGCUUAUAUAUUGACCCAGACACCAUUACCUAAUACUGUUAUAGAUUUCUGGAGAAUGGUUGUACAAAAGGAAUCUCAAACAAUCGUUCACAUGGAUCAUGGACAAGAUAAAACUAAGGGUAUUGGUCAGUACCUACCAGGAGAUAAACCACUAACCUGUGACCCCUUUACUAUAACUAAAACAGAAGAAAUACAACAUGAGUUUUAUACAAUUAUAACAUGUCAGGUUACAGGCAAUUCACAAGAUAAUGAGAUAGAUCAUACGGUAAGAAUCUACCAGUGUACAUUC